AUGGCAGCUGCUAUAAUAAGGAGUACCAGAAGAGCUUCACUAGACCGGCAACAAGUACAAGAGCUUUAUGGCAAUGUUAACAAGAGUAGAAACAUUAAAUUAUUAUUGGAGUCUAUUUUGAAUCACUUUGGCCAAGUCAAUAUCAUUGGAGUACUUAACAAUGACAAGCUUAACGAAAUUUCUGAACAGUUGGCCUGUCUUUUGGCAGCAUGUCUGUCACCUGGAAAUAAGAACUUCGUGGUUCCUGCAAUUUUUUCCCAAAAAGGUGAAAUUACAAAAGUAGGGCGAGAAAAUGUAUUGGAUACGAGUCACACCUGUACUUCCGCUCAAGCUGUCACAGAUCUUUAUGAUAUUGACAAGCUUAUCUAG